UUCCGGGGACCAACCAUUUUUUCUUUUUUCCGUUUCCCCCACUUCUCCCCCGCGGGACAAGCCACUCAGCGAGCGGCACAAAGGAAAAAGAGAAAGGGGCAAAACCCCUCUUUCCUUCUUCUUUGCCCUUCCGCGCCUUCCCUCCCUCCCUCCCUCUCACUCUUCUCUCUCAGACUCCAUCUCCACUGUGUGUUGAGUUACCUCCGUGAAACCCUAGCCCGCAUUUUUACCCGGUUGCUGUUCUGCCGUUCACUUGUGAUUGUUGCCCUAGCACUUCCAUUUUCUUUUCGUGCUUUUAGGGCUUCCUCGUCGGGGAUGGCGUUGGGGGAAGCCUGAUAGUUGAACAAGUGGAAGUGGGUGGGUCAGGGUCAAGGUUUUUGCGCGCGGUCGCCGGAAGGAAGAUGGCGUCGGCCGUGGAGAAGGAUCUGGAGGAACAGCUCGUCGAAGCUGGGAAUAAGCUCCGGAAGCCACCAGCUGAGCUCGACGAGCUUCGUUGCCUCCUCGAGGUACUAGAGAACUGUUUGGGUAGAGUAGAGCAGUCACCUUCAACGUCAAUGUCUACUGCACUUUGUCCAUCAAUGAAGUCGCUGGUCACUCCUGCACUUUUGAGGCAUUCAGAUAAAGAUGUUAGACUUUCAGUGGCAACAUGUCUUAGUGAAAUCACACGAAUUACUGCACCCGAUGCUCCAUAUGAUGACGAAUUGAUGAAGGAAAUAUUUCAGAUGAUUGUGGCAACUUUUGAGGAUCUGUCAGAAACAAGUACCCCUUCAUUUGCUAAAAGAGUUUUGAUUCUUGAAACUGUUGCAAAAGUUAGGUCAUGUGUGGUAAUGCUGGACCUUGAAUGUGACGACCUGAUUGUUGAGAUGUUUCGUCAUUUCUGUAAAGCUAUAAGGGAGGACCAUGCUGAGUGUGUUUUUACCUCUAUGGAAGCAAUCAUGACUGUGGUGUUGGAGGAGAGUGAAGAUAUUCAACUAGAGCUUAUAAAUGUCCUUCUAGAUAAACUGAAAGUAGAUAAUCAGGAAACUCUGUCCAUUGCUGGGAGGUUGGUUGAGAAAGUAAUGAACAGUUGUGCUGCAAAAUUGAAACCUUAUCUAGUGGAAGCACUGAAUUCCACUGGUGCUUCUAUGAAUGAUUACAGUAAGAUAGUUGCACAGAUCUGCGAGGGACCAGCUAAGGAUAUACAUCAGCCUGAGAAAGAUGAGAGCAAAGCACUGGAAAAUGCUGGUUCAGUAGAGAACACUCAGAAAGCAGUGGAAGUGGAUGAGGAAAAUGCUAGAUGUGGGGCCGCUGAGGAUGCAGAAACAUCAGCAAAGUCAAAGUUGAGUAACGGAUCUUUAACAUCUGCUAAAGAAGAUUCUUCAAAAGAUGAUAAGUCUCAAAAAAGAAAAUCUAGCCAUGUUAGCAUAAAAAAAGUUGCACCAGACUCAACUGAAGUUGCUCCGGAGCAUCCCGAUCAGCAAGAUAGUAAAUCUGAAGCUAUGUCUAAACAUGCAACUAAAAGGACUAAGGCUCGCAAACCCAGUUUUUCAAAAAGUUCAAACAAUGCAUCUAAUGAUUCUCGAAAAAUCCCAGAAGAGAAGGCUGUGGAGCAACCAAAGAUCAAAAAGAGACGCAUGAAGGAAAAUGAACGCUUGCCAUCUGAGGGUCCAUCAGUGAAAGAGACAAAAGCAGCUGCAGAAUCUGGAAAAGAGACAAGUGUUACAACUAUGCAUUCCCCAACACAAAACGAUGCAGGCCCUCGUAAAAAAGUUCGUGGAAAAUCUGCUCAGAAGGAAGAUGCCAAAGCUGAAUCUGAAAUGCCAACUUUGCCUAGGCAAGAUGUAGGUACUUUAUCUGGUGAUAGUAGCAAAGAACAGUCAUCAGACGUGAAAGUUAGUAAGUCUGAAAAAGAACUGGAGCGCAGGAAAAGUUCUGAAGUUAAAUCAUCACAGCGUUCAUCAAAGAAAGCUGACAGUCUAAAUGAUGAUGAGGGAACCUCCACAAAAAAACGUCGUGGGAGAAAGAGCAAGGAUCUAAAAGAGAAGGUUGACGAUCACCGGAGAACUGGUGAUUCUAGCAAUAAGAAAUCAUCUGUUGGGAAGAAAUCUGCAGAUGUCACACCUAAGGAUGGGAAGAUACAUGCUAAGGGUUCCUCUGUAAAGAAGGCCUCUGGAAGAAAAAGAGAUGAGGCUUCGGGCUCCACAGGCCGUGCGAUUUCUUAUGAUGAAAGUCUUGUUGGAUCUAAAAUUAAAGUUUGGUGGCCACUUGACAAAAUGUUUUAUGAGGGUUCUGUUGUGUCAUAUGACCCAAGCAAGAAGAAACAUAAAGUGUCCUACGCUGAUGGUGAUCAAGAGGAGUUGCUGCUGUCUAAAGAGCGCUGGACGUUUGUCCAAGCUGAGGAAAAGGAGGUGGGCCAUUCAGCAAGUGAUGAUAGUGAUGAUGCUUUGGCUGUCACGCCCCCUCCAAAGAAGAAAAUGAGAACUUCAGAAUCAUCUAGCAGAGGCAAACAAGUGAAGGUUGAAACCCCACUUAGGAAAAGGAAGGACACCCCAGCGAUGAAGUCAAGAGGCAGCACCUCUAAAUCCGCCACCAAGUCGCAACCAAAUGGCUCGUCUGUGAGGGGGAAAUCCGGUUCAGGGAAGGCACAGCAGGGAAGUGAUAUUAAGGGCAAGAACCGGCAGCGAAGAUCGAGAGGCUGAUUCACAUCCGGAGUAAUCAUUGCAUUUCGAAGCUGGCAUCUCGCAACAACCAUUCACGUUUUUUGUGCUGGUCCGUAGCUCCCAACGAAGUAUACAAUUCCUCAAGUGUAAUGUAUUUUGCAACACCCAUGUGAUGAAGGGAAACCUAAUAUAAUGCCAUUUACUCGGUCAUCAGGGAAAUUUUUGUGGGGCUGUGUUUCUCGGAGAAACACAAUUGCACUUGGGAGGUGAAUGGCAUGCUGAUGUUCUUGGUAAUUUGUCAAAUAGAUAGAGCCUUUACUUGAUGGAUAACCUUUUUCUUCCACAACAUGCCAUGUCUUGUAACAAUCAAUUCUGUUGUUUAGCUAUGUUGUGCUUUA